UGGGGCGGGGUCAUGGAGUGGUGCAGGGGAGCUGUGGCGGCCAUGGACAUGGACCUCGGGAGUCGCUCGGCCUUCCGAGCCAGCGCGUCGGUUUCGGUACAAAGAUGCGCGAUCGUGACGGGAGCUCUUCAGUUCCCCGAGCUGCGGUCCUUCCCAGUCCAGUCCUGCGCUGGGACUCGGUCGCCAUCGCUCAUUCUUUAGUCCUAAUCGCUCGAAGAAUCGGAUGCCCGCCUCGACGAGUCGGCUGAGUUUCACUUCCCUCCGGAUCGAGACGAGUCCGGACUCGGGCUCUCGCAGUCGCUGCGUCCUAUUCCAGAGCAGUAUCAGGAUCGUUUACGGGCGCCGCAACUGUGCUGAAGAAAAGCGCAGCACAUGCAAAAUCGCCACUGCCGAGCGUCGUUGGUGAGCUUCCCAUCGCAGCAGCAGCAGCAACAGCAGCCUUCUUGCCUGCGUGCCUGCCCAGAGCGCGUGCGUGGCUGGUGCAAAUCAAAAAAAUUAUAAAUCUCUAAAGCUUGUCACGCAGGACGCGCGUGCGUGAGCUAUUACGGGCUCCGAAAGGUCAGAUCACAGCAUCAUUCGUGAGAUCAGACGACUGAUUGUUCGAAGGUCCGGUCUGUGGGAGUAUACAGCCCAUAGACAGAGAGCUUUGGCGCUAACUUCCGAAAGUUAGUGUUAGUUAGAGCGGGCGCUGAACCUGGCUUGAUGCUCGAGGCGAGCUCUACUGCUUCGGUUCGCUCGAACUCGGGAGAUAUUUUCAUUUUUAUACCGUACAUAGCUUCUCAUGUUUGUCCCAUGACCUCUCGCAGCCUGCGCCGACUCGAUGCAGUCACUGCUCGUUCAGUGCGCAGCCUCGUGAAGGGAAAUUCUGAAUAGGUUUCCCGGGAAGAGAAAAUAUGUGUAGAGGACUGAGAAAGAGAGAUCCAAUUAUCGACGCGAAGGUCUGGUGAGACGAGAGUUCCGAAUCUGCUGAGGGUGUCGGGGUCUUUGAACCCGAGGCGAGGCGGCAUGAGGAUUAUGAAGAUGAGAUUAACCACCAGCACGCGGACGGACGAUGUCGGUGGUACCAGCUCGUGAUGCUGUGUCGACCUGAGACGCCGACUGACAUGAACAAGUUCCUGGGAAAGGGCACAUGAAUUGAGGCACGAGACAGUGAGAGCAAGCAGAAGACAGUGAGUUAGAGAGACGUGGAUUUAAUCAGCCGACCGAACCUAGGACGAGAAAUUUCCAGAGCUUUUUCCUCGAGCUUCCGCUUCUGCGAACUAGGGGACGGAGGAUCGACAUUGUUUGUUUGUUAUUAGCUUGUGAGAGAAAUUGGUGAGUGUAUACCGUAGUGGUUUUGCAUAGCGUAGCUGUAUCAUAGUGAAGAGCUUGUGUGUGUGCGUGUGUGUGCGUUUUGGAGGGCUCGACUGACCAUGACGGCUGGUGAGUCGGGUCGGGACACUCCCUCGAUGUUUCCUUUCGCUGUGAAGAUGCCAUUGGCGAUUUUGAUCAGCUUCUUGCUGCUCGUGGGAAUCUGGUUCACGGCGCCGUCCGCUCUUCCUCCACCUCGACUGACCCCUUCACAGCUGGAGGCCUUCUUGAGUACCCCUGUUCAGCUGGAAGCUCACAAGGCAGACAAUGCGCCGCCGCAGAAGUCUGUUUCUAUCAAUGGUACAUCAGGUCCAAGACAAGAAUCUAACGAAACUGCGCUUCUGGAGGCUGAAGAUCCAACUUUGAUCGGAGAGGUCGACGGAGGUAGGGAAAAUUCUGAAAUCCUCGGACAGGAUCAGAGUCCAGCAGACUCUGACAGUUUUAAUAACACCGACACCGGUCCAGCGCAAGGAUUGAACAAAUCUGCGCUUCUGCAGGCAGAAGCUCCGUUCCUGAACGAAGAAUUCGACAAUACUACGGAAGACUCUGAUUUCUCUGGGCUGGAUCAGGAGCCUAUCACUCCGAUUGCAGCUCGGCGUCCCGGAAGCAGCAAUUACAGCUACGGACCUUCACCCUACAGUGACCCUCCGCAGCCCCCGACGACCGAUGUCGAGGAAAGCCCCUUCACCGACCUCUCUGCAGUCCCUGCAGGUCAAGCUGAUGCUUUUUACGAGGCUUCAAUUCAGUCCCCAACUCCAACUCCGACUCCAUCUCCGACUCCAGCUCCUUCUCCGUCGUCAUCAUCAGAACUAGAGGGAAAGAGGUAUAUUGUCCCACUGCUGAGCAGCUUCGUGGGAACAGGAAACCAGCUCAUGGAAUACAAGUCCGCAGCAGUCGUUGCGAGGACCCUCAAUCGCACAUUGUGUUUGAUUCCCUUCUUCGGUGGCCCUCAGAGGCACUUUGGCUAUUUGGGGAGCAACCACUACGGACUGCACCUCGAGGACAGAUAUGACUUGCAAGAGCUAUUAAAAUUCGUGAAAAUUGAGAGCAUCGACGUGUGUAUAAAAGAAUGCAACGGGACCUUGGACAGAGUUUGGAAGUUGAGGACGAGCAGGUCGUCAGCCUGGCAAUACUGGUUUCCCAGAAUCCCCGAGGCGAUGGCGUUCUUCGAUCGGAGCUUCACGAAAUGGACGUCGCCGGGGGAGAUCGCUCGCAGCAUCGGGCCGCGGAACGACGAGCCCGAGGCGAAGUGCGUGGGAUUGGGAGGCGCGUUUCCGGGGUUGCGGUGGAGGGGCGCAAUGUGGGCGGCCGCCGCGUACAUGCGGCACUCGAAGACCAUCGUCGGCGUGUCGGACGUAUUUCAGGCCAAAGUGCUGGGCAACAAUUCAUACAUUUCAGUCCACUGGAGGUUCGAGGAGUCGAAUUGCAAUGGGCAUCCGCUCGGACUUUGCUUCACGAGAUGUAACGACGGUGCUGUUAUCGGAGGAGGUCUCAAGUCUCCCAGGUUCAUGGAAUUGCCGACGGUGAUGGAGAACCUUCGGGCUGGAAGCGCAUUCCACGGAGCUGGUUUGACGAAAGAAGACGUCUCGGCAGCGAUUUUCGAUAAAGCUGUCGAGCAGAAUGUGCAACACGUUUACCUGUCGACCGAUGGCUGGCUUCGAGGAACCGUCAGCAUUGAGAACGUCCGAUGGGUGGUGGAAGAUCUUCGGGCGAGAGGGAUGACGGUGGCAGGACUGUGGGAGAUACAGGGGCUGCCCAAUUUCGAGGACGGAAGCUUCGUGUUUCCGAAUGUGAUGCCGGCUUUGUUCGGCCUCGACAAGGGCCAGACCAAAGUGAGCAACCACAUGAUUGCACUAGUGGAGCAGGAAAUCUGCGGCCGCUCUCUUGUGUUCCUCGGAAGCGGCCAAUCCUCUUGGAGUCUUGCCGUCUUCGAAGCACGGAGAAGCGCCAGGCGUCGCUCGGAUUUGGAGGAGCAGCUGCGGGCGAAUUACAGUGGGUCGGGGAGAGGGCCACUGUCAGAGGAGGAGCACACCGCGGCCGUGGUGGCGAGUCUGUACUCGGACAAGCACACAGCAGGCCCCGCGUGCAGGGGGAGUCCUUUUGCGCCGCCCGAGACGGUCGAGGACGAGGCCCCGGACGGAUGGCUGGACUUCGAGGCCUGCGAGAAGAGAAUCGAUCUCGGGGGGCGAUGCGUGCGGCUCGUGGGCGGGAUCACGAUCUAGCAUCCAUCCAUCCUAUCGAUCGAUCUGUCAAUCUGUCUAUUAAAUGUAUCACCAGGCCAGGCCGUCCGUCAUCAACCAACAUGCACACACGCUCAGAACGACGCCGGGCCGGCCACCCACACUCCUCGGAGAGCGAACGAGCUAGAUGAACCCAAAAUUACCGACCGUCCUUAUCGACGACUCAUGAUGAGCAGCCGACUUUCUCCAUGGAAGACUCCCCCUCACAAUCAGAUCCGGCUCUUUCUCGAGUCUGGACCCAACGAAAGCAGAAGCUAGAUAGACAACACAUGCAAUUCUUCGCGUGGAUGGCACGGCCUCGCCUCAUCUCGCCGAUUCGAUGGCACUCGAUUACAUGAAUGAAUAGAAAGCACCAGACAGUAGACUGAUUCUUAAUGAAGAACGAGCCUAACCCAACCCAACCCAUUCUAACCUAACCCAACCAGACGCGACCCUAGAGUUAAGUAGAGACUUAGAGUAAAAUCGCAACAUCUCGAAUCGGGUGGGUCAAAAAGCACUCCUCAGGGUUACAUCCGGCUCCGGACCCGGACUCGAGAUAAAAUUUGGAUCGGUUGGAAAUUGGUCGCGAGACCGACCGGCUUACCGACGGACCGGAUGACCGGAUGACCGGCAGUACCGUAGAGAGUUCGAGACUGUAUGUAUGUAGUUUAGGCAGGACGAUUCAUUCUUUGGAGUUCCGCUGGGCAUUCCAAUUCUGUCGCUGGAAUGCCCGGCCGAAUGCCGCAGUCACUGCUCUGACUGAUGCCCGGCGCUGAAAAGUAUGUAUUCCUUCGAUUUUAACACUCAAAGCUGCUGGACCUGAAAGAAAGAGUCGGACAGGGGUCCUCCUUGCGUGCCCAAGUUUGCAGUCUCGAAAGUCUGUCUGAACGUGGAGCGUUGCCGUCGUCUGGGGCACGUAGCGUGCACUGCACACUGUCGUCAUGCGUGCCGGUCUCCGAAUCCAUGGACUUGGAGGAGUCUCCAUCUUUCCCAAAGCGUACUCUCCUCUCUGGAAAGCUUUAUUAUUAAAACAUCGAUACCCGGUUCUCAGUGUCUUAGAUUCUUCAUUAUAGUCGUCAUCCUACUCAUCGAACUCAUGGCACUACGACUUCCCUCGGUUCCAGUUUGAAUUUCCCGCAGCUGACGAGAAUUCGCCUUCUGAGGUUGAACGCGUGGGACCCUGGCAAUGAAGAAAGCCAGCGAUUUGACUUUCUCUUCAUGGCUUACAGGUUUCUUCAUCAUCGGUCCUAUGUGUUCGAGGACAAGCUCUGUUCCGACUUUGGGCCACGUGCCUCUCUCUGAUCCCUUGGUCCGGGCACAGCAAAGAUCUCCUAUUCAUCUGCAGGACCUAGCACCCAGCCACAUUAUUAUAUCUGCAGAGAAUCUCGAGAAUUGUCGUUCUUUGCCCCUAUAUCGGUUAGUCGUCCCUGGAUCUCGCGGUAAAAGCUUCUCCGAUCUUUUCUCCAGGACUGCUCAUCGUUUCCUCCGGCUCAUUCUUCAGCACUCUUACCUCUAGCACACGUGCCUGGACUAUAAUCAAAGCAUGUGCUCUGUUUCUGUAGGUGGGUCUUUCACAGUGAGCUUUUCUCUGUGCCCCAUCCUGCCCGUCCCCAGUUUCGAGGAGAGUGGGGCCUCGCAAGUUCUGCACCUCCUCUGGCCAUGCGGCGAAUUACAAUCAAGUCCAUGUUAAUCCAACAGUCUGUGAUGUAUUACCUCUUGAUCCUUGUGGUGUAUCA